GGUAUAAUGCAUUAUCCCUGCAGCUAGGUAUCAGCUAUUGUUGCAUGCAUACCUUACCUAAGGUAAAACUUCCUUUAUAAAAUCGAUCGGCUCUUUGACCUUUACAACCAUUAAAUUCGGUAGGUUGGCUCUGUAUAUUAUAUUUAGACGUAUCCCCGUAACUUUCAAGUCCAUUGACACGUGCGAGCUUUUGUAUACAACUUUGACUCAAAAUCGGUGUCUUUAUUACUGUUAAGUUACUUAUUCUCACUCACUUCGGCAAAAGCGACAUCUUUCCCGGCGUUCUUGGUGUUUAAACCUGAAUAUAGAAAAGCCUCGGCUAAAUCUAACAGCGAGCAUUUCAGCGAGCAUUUACACGUAUCCCAUAUCUAUACCUAAUAUUCAUCUACCUAGAUGCAGUUGAAAGAGGACGAAUUGUUGCAAUUGGAACUCACAUUAUACAAAAACAACCUCAACUGCAAGACGGUCAACAAAACUCGGUAGAGAUACUUCGAUGCCUCCUCUAUCACGACUAUAUAAGACCACUACUUGAGACCUUCAAGCUCCAGGGGCACAUCCCCCCCCCUCAUCACGAUCAGGGUUUAUUAGAACUCGUUCAAACUUCCAAUAGAUACCUAUACUUUAUAGAUAUACCCGGGUACAUACCCAUAGAGCUAUCGGCAUAUACAUAUAUACACUCAUACGCCCACUAUGGCAUCCUUCCCCUUCCACGUAAAAGAACACGUCGUCCCCUCCCAACACAUCCGGGAAUUCCCCCGCGCGACCGCCACCUCGCAAGAAGCCGUCCUCUACCUCAGCGUGAAGCAGUACGUCCCCAUCGACAACCCCAACCCGCAGCCGGGGGACGUCACCAUCCUCGGCGCCCACGCGAACGGCUUCCCCAAGGAGCUCUACGAGCCCCUGUGGGCGGACCUGCACGCGCGCUCGAAGCGGCACGGCUUCCGCAUCCGCGGGGUCUGGAUCGCCGACGUCUCGAACCAGGGGUACAGCGGGACCGUCAACGAGCACGUGCUCGGGAACGACCCGUCGUGGCACGACCACGCGCGCGACCUGCUGCACCUGGUCAACGUCUUCCGCGCCGAUAUGCCGCGCCCCCUCGUCGGCGUCGGCCACUCCUUCGGCGGCGCCGUCCUCACCAAGCUCUCCCUGCUGCACCCGCGCCUCCUCACCACCCUCGUCCUGCUCGACCCCACCGUCACCCACUUCUCCUUCCAGCGCGACGGCCCCGGCAAAUCCCCCGCCCGAGCCUCCGCCUUCCGCCGCGAGGUCUGGCCCUCCCGCGCCGCCGCCGCCGAGUCCUUCCGCCGCAGCCCGUUCUACCGGGCCUGGGACCCGCGCGUGCUCGACGCCUGGAUCGCGCACGCCCUGCGCGACACGCCCACCGCCCUAUUCCCCGACCGGGACCCGGAGCAGCAGGGGGGCGACGACGGUGCCGCCGUGCCCGUGACCCUGCGCACGACCAAACACCACGAAGUAUUCACAUUCUUCCGGCCCUUAUGGCCGUACGCCGACCCGCAGACGGGCGAAGUCGACCGCGACGGCGCGCCGGACUUCGAUCCGGAGAUGCAGGCGAAGAUCACGGACCCGUCGAGCGUGUUCCCCUUCUACCGGUCCGAGGGCCCCAGCAUCCUGAAGCACCUGCCCGAGGUGCGCCCCUCGGUGCUCUGGAUCUUCGGCGGCGACAGCGACCUGGGGGUGCCGGAGGACCGCAAGGCGAAGACGGAGGCGUGCGGGUCCGGCGGCGGCGGCAGCGGCGGGAUCAAGAUGGGCAGGGUCGACCAGGUGGUGAUGGAGGGCCGCGGACACUUGUUCCCGAUGGAGGUGCCGGAGGAGUGCGCGCGGCACGCGGCGGCGUGGAUAGGCAAGGAGAUGGUGCGGUGGCGAGAGAAGGAGCGCGAGUACGAGGAGUGGGUUAAGUUGCCGGCCAAGGAGAAGACGACGUUGAGUGAAAAGUUUCUGGACAAUAUUGGCCGUCCGCCGCCGAGGAAGGGUGGUUCUUUGGCUGGCUCCGAGUCUAAAUUAUAAGAUGACGCCGUUGUGCUCAUACCGGAGUUACAACUUUUACCGGAAAUCCCUGCGGGUGGCACAAUGGGAUUAACGUCCUAGCCGCCUUAACAGACCUCGGCUCACCCCUGCUCACCCCGAGAUCAGGAUGCCAUCAGUCACGUGCCAUUAUGAAUGACUUCAAGAAACGGAAUCUGGUAUUCUAAAACGGUUGACUUGAGAACUUGGUCAAUCGGUGCGGGAGUUACAAAACCGGACAUAGGCUGAGGCCGGAAUUUACUA